UUUAUUGUUGUAGUGAGAUGGAAGAUUUCCGAGGAAUAGCUGAAGAGUCAUUUCCAAGCUUUUUAACCAAUUCGUUAUUUGGUAAUAGUGAGAUUUUGGAAAAUGUCACUCUUCCUUCAAAUCUUGGCUUGCCUGUUGCUGUUUCAACACUUGCUAGGAACAGAUCCAGUGCUGAUAACAGGUAUUCUGAUAUCCAGGCAUCUUAUUUAGUAGAAGGGAAGUUUUCAGUUCCAUCUGAAUCAUCUCCCAGCAGCCAGAGUGAAGGUGACCCAAGAGAGAAGUUACAACUUAGCUUCCAGGAUGAUGAUUCUGUCUCUAAGAAAAAGAACCAUAUAGAAAGUCAACAUUUGUCAGAUGCUGUUCUUGAAGAGUCUGCUUUGCAAAGUGAUAUAGCAAGAACAGAAGAGGAGCAGGCUAAAACUGCAAAACGCUUUCAGAGCCAAGAUCCUUUUGCUAAGAUUUCACCACUGGAACAAGUGCAAGACUCACCUGUUGAUUUUUGUUUACAACCAUGGAUGAAUAAUAAGGAUAACAAGAUUGUUGUUCCUCAUGCUGGGAAACAUUUUGAAGAGAAGAAUCUGCCCAGUGACUUAAGCCACACUAGUUUAUUAGAAAAUGAGAAACUUACAUCACUGACGAGCUUGGAGGAUUCUUCCGAUGAUGAUAUUGAUGAUGAAGAGUUUUAUGAUGAACAUUUGGAGGCUUACUUUGAACAACUGGCUAUUCCAGGAAUGAUAUAUGAAGACCUAGAACAGGAACAUCCAGAAAAAGAUUUUAAAUUACCAACAAGUGAUCCAUGUCAGGCAAAUGAAAAUGGUAGCUAUAAAUCUCAAUCAGCAGGUAACAGCUCUCUGAUUUCCCAUGGCUCACACUCUUCAGGAAAUUCUGAAACAACCCACAGAGAGUCUGAAAUAGGCCACGUUGUUUGUCUGCCUGGGACCAGUAAUUUUAUAGAUAAUGGAGAUAGUAGAAGGCAUGUAGAUGGUGUAUUAUCAUUUUCUUCUAGUACUCAGAGAACUGAACAGGAGCAAGAAAGGGCAGACAGUUUGAAGGGUAUUGUCCCACAUCGCGGCAGAGAAAGCGAAAGAGAAGAAAUUCCUGUGAAGACUAUCCAGGCUACUAAUGUGAAACUUAACCCUGUUUAUUUUCACGACACAUAUGCCAGUAAAGGUGAUUUUGAUUUAAUGGGCCCUUUGAAGCUGGAGGCCAGUUCUCUUCAUCAAAAUAAGCAUUUGGGAUCUGAUUCAGAAACAGUUUUGCCUGUGGAUAAAUGUUUAGACACUGAAACUCCUGAAGUGUCCGUUCAAAAAUUUGUGGAUGUAGCAUCUUUGAAGUCUAUUAAUGACAAUGAAAUUAAUUACACUGAUAGUCUUCGGUCACCAACUAGUGAAAGGCGAACAUGUGAAUAUCACAAGUCUGUUGAAAAGAGCAAAGAGCAAACAGAUCUACCACAAAAUGUUGUCUAUCAGAACGAAGAGGGCAGAUGGGUCACUGACCUUGCAUAUUAUACAUCUUUUAAUAAAGAACAAAUUUUAAAUAUGUCUCUAACUGACGAGAUGAAUGAAGACUUCAGAUCUGGUUCUGAAGCCCUGGAUUUGAUUGAUCAAGAUGAAGAAGAAUUUAAUAAAGAGCAUCAAUUUAUGCAGGAAGAAAAUAUAGAUGCCCAGAACACUUCAGCUGCACUAGGGGAUACAUCUUGGGGAACUUCAAUUAAUUAUAAUUUGUUGAGGAAAUCACUUAGCACAUCAGAUUUGGACAAAGAUGAUGCCAGUUAUUUACGCCUAUCUUUAGGAGAGUUCUUUGCUCAAAGAUCUGAAGCUCUUGGUUGCCUUGGUGGUGGUUACAAUGUGAAAAGACCAUCAUUUGGUUAUUUUAUUAGAUCACCAGAGAAGAGAGAACCUGUUGCUCUCAUAAGAAAAUCUGAUGUAUCAAGAAGUAAUUUGGAAAAAGAAAUGGCUCAUCUUAAGCAUGAUAUAUUUUCAGGAGACUUAAAAGCACAGCUAAGUGAAGGAUCAGUUACACUUCAGGCUGAAGAACUGGAGAGUAUUUCACAAGUGGAUGAAAGUGAUGUGACAUUAACUGCCACUAACAGCAAAACAGAGGACAGUUUCUUCAUGAGUAGCCAACCCCAAAGAUACAAAAGCAAGCCGCCUACUGGCAGUGAUUCUGUCCUUAGGAUAAGCACCAUCGCUUCAGCCAUUGCAGAUGCGUCAGUAAGUACCGAUCCUGCCCAGCUUGCUGCCAUGAUCAAGGCACUUUCAAAUAAAACCAGAGAGAAGACUUUUCAGGAAGAUAAUAAACAAAAGGACUGUUCCAUGCUGCCUCAUUUCUUACCUAAUGAUACAGAAAAAAGUAAUGGAUCCAGCAUGUUUGAUAUGGAGAAAUACCUUAAAAAAACAGAACUCAGUAGAUAUGAAAGUGGACUAGAAAACCUUUCAAGAGCUGGUACAUCUGGUCUGUGGGAUUUAUCUUUGCCAAAAGAACGGACUACACAAGACAUCCAUACAGUGGACUUAGGUGCCACUAAUGUAAGUAUAAGGGAACCAGAAGAAAAUAAAGCAUUUUCUGUUUAUGGUGAAAACAGAGAGAGCAAGAAUCAAGAAUCAUUGAGAACAAAUUGUCCAAAUUCAAUUCUUACAAAUAGAAAAGAGAGUGAAAGUACCAUAGUUGAUGUGAAGACAUAUCCUAUGGACAACAAAUUAUCAGAUACUGGUAACUGUGAAACAGCCACCUCAGUAUCCACUCCAACAUCUAAUAGGUAUUCAUUAGUAAGGAACCACAGGAUAGCAUCCGUUUGGCUGUCAGGAGACUGUGAAGAAAUACCAAACAGAGAAAAUCAGAGGCAAAAUGAGUGUGUUAGUGAAGCAAGCAGUGGUGAAAAACAUGUGACUUUUGGAAAACAUUCCAUAAUUACACCUAAAAAUGUUGAUUUGAAAAAUCACUCUCCUGAGCAUGGUGGACAUAGCUCAGAGGAUGACCAGGAUAGCUUCAGACCUUCCUCUUCUCCACUGAGUCAUUCUUCUCCUAGUGAAAUUUCUGGAACAAGUUUAUCAGGGUGUGUUUUAGAGUCUUUUGAUUCAGCAGCUCAUCCAAAACCCCCCUCUGAGGGUGAGUCAUCUCAGAUGGUGUGUCCACAAGCGAGUGUGAGUAGGCUGACUUAUGUGUCUGAACAGGACAGCUCCUGUCCCACUGCGGCCUCAGAUCCUGGCCUUGAGGGCUACAAGAGUGAUGUCACCAGUAAAUUGAGCGCCACGAUUAUUCAAGCCAGUCUAAUUCCAUCAGAGGAGCAGGCUAUGGAAAAGCUGAGAGAAAAAGGUCCAUGUCAAAGUAGAAGUAAAGUAGCACCAUCGUAUAAUCAGAAAAACUCAGAUACAGACAAUGUGACUGAAACAACUUCUCUGAGUAGCAAACCUGAAGAUGUAAAACCUUACUCUAGGCUGAAUAAAGAUCUUUCCUCCAGGAGUGGAGACCUAUCAGAAACCGGUACAGUAGGGUUGACCUCUAACCCCAGUGAACUGGACCAGAUCAGCCUGGCUCUACAGAGCAAGUCAGGUUUCACCCACCCAAUUGUGUCAGCGAUGCCACACCACCCUGUGUCACACCAGGCAUCUGUGAACAAAGGUGAAAGAGUAGCCUCUGAAGAUACGCUGACUGCCGACAGUGCAGUAAGUGGCCAGAUUCCUCAUCGGAUGGCCCCUGGACACCAGGGAACCCCUCUUCCCAGCACUCUGUCUUGUGGCUCUGCUCCUGAGAUGCAGAACGUGCCCAGCGCAGUUCCUACACUCUUGACUCAACAUUCUUUUACCGCAGCUCCCUUUGCCCAGCAGUAUUUGGGAACACUACCUUCAGCUGGAAAUGUUGCUUUGCCCCAGUGCCGCGCUGGCAGUGCCACUGUCUGUGGGUUCUUGGGAAGCUGUCCGUAUCCACCUGUCACAGGAGAGCAUGUUCAGAAUUCUGUGGCCAUGGGAAUUUGUCUAGGACAAAAUAUUGGCUCUGGGUUGAUGGGUCCCUCUUCCCUUUAUAACCCAUAUCCUAAUGCCUUAAAUCAGAAUCUUCUAAGUACCGCAAAACCUUUUCCUGUGCAGUCUGUUGGUACAAAUUGUGGAAUUGAACCGUGGGAUUCAGGAAUGCUGUCAGGAUUUGGGAAGGUCAGAGUACCUGAGGAAUUGAAGUUUCCUCAUGCUUGCUGUGUUGGCAUUGCUUCGCAGACCUUCUUGAGUGUACUUAACCCGACUGACCGCUGGCUGCAGGUCAGCAUUGGGGUUCUCACCGUUAGUGUUAAUGGUGAAAAGGUGGAUCUUUCAGCGUAUCCUUGUUUAGUCUUCAAGAAUAAAGUCAUCAUAAGACCUCAUGCCACGGAAGAGAUAAAAGUACUUUUCAUACCAUCCGAUCCUGGGAUUUUCAGAUGUAUAUUCAGUGUUGCUUCUUGGCCGUUUUCAGCAGAUGCUGAGACCAUAGCACAGGCAGACGCCUUGGCAAGUCGAGUCAUUCUCACGGCUGUUGCCGAGACCCCUGUGAUCGAGGUAGAAACAGAAAAGAAAGAUGUUCUUGAUUUUGGCGACUUGACUUAUGGUGGCUGGAAGGCUCUGCCAUUAAAAUUGAUAAACAAGACUCAUGCCACUGUGCCCAUCAGACUUGUUAUUAAUGCUAAUGCCAUAGCCUGGCGCUGCUUCACGUUUUCCAAGGCACCCAUCCAUGCUUCUUUGAAAGCUGCUCCAUAUGCCGACGUGAUUGCUCAGCUGGCAGCUCCUUCUGUGGUCAACCACAUGAUGCCUGCCGCUUAUGACGGACAGGAUCCAGAAUUUCUGAUAAUUUGGGUUCUUUUCCAUAGUCCAAAGAAACGGAUCACUUCUUCAGAGAUUUUAGACUCAGCAGAAGAGUUCUUGGCAAGAGUCGAUAUAGAAGUUGACAGCCCAAACCCUACUCCAGUCAUUAAAAGUAUUGGUCUUCAAGCAAGAACAGGAAUAGCUAGGAUACAUGCUCCAAAAGACUUACAGACUAUGCACUUGUUUGCCAGUGUGGCUUCCUCAACAAAGCAGCACUUACCUUUGAAAAAUGCGGGGAAUAUUGAUGUUUACUUAGACAUCAAGAUCCCAGAUCAAGGAAGUCACUUUUCAGUGGAUCCAGAGAAUCUAUUCCUUAAACCUGGAGAAGAACACGAAGUUAUAGUUACCUUUACUCCAAAGGACCCCAAAGCCUGUGAGGAAAGGAUCCUGAAAAUAUUCGUGCAGCCAUUUGGACCUCAGUAUGAAGUGGUGUUAAAAGGUGAAGUAGUUUCUUCGGGAGAUAAACCUCUGGCACCUGGCUCUUGCUGCUCAGAUGUUCCAGCGAUUUUGUCCAACAAGCAAUUUCUGGCCUGGGGGGGUGUUCCUCUCGGUAGAACUCAGCUUCAGAAGCUAGCUUUACGCAAUAAUUGUACAUCUACAACCCAACAUCUGCGACUGCUCAUCAGAGGACAAGACCAGGACUGCUUUCAGCUUCAGCACACUUUUGGUUCAGAAGAACGACUAACCAGUAACUGUGAGAUCAGAAUGCGUCCAAAAGAAGACAUUCACAUCUCUGUGUUAUUUGCACCUACUCGAUUAUCUUGUAUGUUGGCUAAACUAGAAAUUAAACAACUGGGAAUUCGAUCACAACCAGGCAUUAAGUUCACGAUACCUUUGUCUGGAUAUGGAGGAACAAGUAAUCUUAUUUUGGAAGAUGUUAAAAAGUUAUCUGACAGUUACAUGGUAACAGUGAAUGACUUAAUACCUGGCAAAGAAAGUAAAAUUGUUUUUUCUGUUCAUAACACUGGCUCUCGGGCAGCUUUUGUUAAAGCAGUAGGUUUUAAGGAUUCUCAGAAAAAAGUUUUGCUGGAUCCUAAAGUUUUAAGGAUUUUUCCAGAUAAAUUUGUGCUCAAAGAAAAAUCACGAGAAGAUGUUACUAUAAUAUAUAACCCAUCAGUCAGGGAGAGCAAUUAUACAACCACAACAGAACUGUCAACUAUAUACUUCUUUGGUGGCGAUGAAAUUUCAAGACAGCAGUAUCGAAGAGCCCUAUCUCAUAAACCAGGGAUUAUAGAACAAGUACUUCCAGAACAUAGUGUGCUGCAGCACGUUGAUUUUGCGGAAAAAUUUCAGGAUGAGUUACUAGUAACUGAAGUAUAUGAUCUUCCCCAACGGCCUAAUGAUAUUCAGCUCUUUUAUGGAAACAUGCGUAAAAUUAUACUUUCAGUAAUUGGAGAAUUCAGAGAUUCCAGGUCUAGCAGUGAAUUCCUUCAGUCUUCUUCCAAAGCUGACUCAGAAUCUAAAAGUGAAUCUGACGGUCCUGGGAAACAUGGUGGCAAUGUUUCUUUGGAUGUUUUACCAGUUAAGGGUCCUCAAGGUUCUCCACUUCUUUCACAAGCUGUUUGCCCACUCCAAGAUAAAUCAUCCUCUAAGGAAAUGUGGACUGUCCAGCCUGAACACUUGAUUUUGAUGGCCCCCUCUUGUGAUCUGGCAAAAACUGCAUGUUUCCAGAUUUUAAAUAAUUCUGUUAGGUUACUGAAAUUUGAGUUGUAUUGGCCGGCACAUUGCCUUACUGUAACACCACAACAUGGAUUUAUCCCACCAGAGAGUAAGCUACAAAUUCUUGUGAGUCCUAAUUCCUCCUUAUCUACAAAACAUUCAAUGUUCCCAUGGAGUGGUUUAAUCUAUGUACAUUCUGACAAUGGACAGAAGAAAAUUGUGAAAGUUCAAAUUCGAGAAGACUUAACCCAGAAAGAACUCCUUGCUCACUUGGCCACCAGCACAUUUGGAAUCCUUUCUCCAGGAGCUGAGCCUGCAGUUAGUCAUCUGGUGAAACCAGUGACAAAACCACGUUCCACAGAAGUUGAGAUAAGAAAUAAGACUAUUACUUUUCCUGCAACAGAACCUGGUGAAACCUCAGAAAAUUUUCUGGAAUUUGAAAAUCAUGGUAACACAGAAGUGAAGUGGCAUCUGUCAUCCUUAGCUCCACCUUACGUCAAGGGAGUUGAUGACAGUGGAGAUGUUUUUAGAGCUACCUAUGCAGCAUUCAUAUGUUCUCCUAUUUCUGGUAUAUUGGAAAGCCGUGGAAUUCGGAAGGUCUCCAUCACUUUUUUGCCCAGAGAUAGAGGGGAUUAUGCUCAGUUUUGGGAUGUUGAGUGUCACCCCCUUAAAGAGCCUCACAUGAAACAUACCCUGAGAUUUCAACUCUCUGGACAAAGUGUCAAAGCAGAAAAUGAGCCUGAAAGUUCAAAAAUUUCCACAAACUCCCUCAUUAAACUAGAUAAUUUAGUUAAGUCCCGAAGACAAGCUGUGUCAGAGGCUUCUGCUCUCAUACCCGGACAGCUUGACUUGAUGCAUCGUGGAGUUUAUGCCCCAGAAGAUGUGUAUCAGUUUCUGCCUACUAGGGUUGGGGAGUCAAGGACGUUGAAAGUCAAUUUGCGAAAUAAUUCUUUCAUUAUGCAUUCCCUCAAGUUUUUAAGUCCCAGAGAGCCUUUCUACGUCAAACAUUCAAAAUAUUCUUUGAGAGCCCAGCAUUACAUCAACAUGCCUGUGCAGUUCAGACCAAAGGCAGUGGGCAAAUUUGAAGCUUUGCUUGUUAUCCAAACAGAUGAAGGCAAGAGUGUUGCUAUUCGGCUAAUGGGUGAAGCUCUUGAAAAAGUUAUCUAGAUACCUUUUGUGUAAAGUAAAUUACAUAAGUUAUAUUUUGGUAACUUUGUUUUUUUACACUACGAUAUUCUUUUGUAUAUAUUUUGUAAGAUUGACUUGAUAUGUCUAACUAGAUUUUGGUUUGUUUGUCUUGAGAAGCUAAUACUGAAGACCCAACUAAAAUAUCAUGUAUGUAGCCUACAGUAUUGUACUUAACUUUUUUAUGGAGGAGAAGAGAAUUCUAUUUUUGCAUUGAUUAUGAUACUCUGAACAAAUACGGUGUAUAUUUUAAUGUGGUAUACCCAGAAAUAAAUGUAAUUUC